CAUUUCCAUAUUUUCAACAUAGAACGAUUAAAGAGUAUUGAGAAUAAAAUGGAUCACGGUGUAGUCCACCUAUAUAAGUAUAUGAUCAUGGGGACUUUCAAUGACGUAGGGAUGCUAUAUAUUUUUUUACAUAGGCCUGCCAGGGGGUCAAGCAAAUUGUUGGGGGUUUGGAGAUGAUGGGCAUACAAGAUGUUUAGUGAUAAUCAAAUGGUGCAGAUAAUAAACAAUUGAACUAAUUUCAAAGAAGUAAAAACGUGUCGGUACGGCAGGUAUGCUUGAAUCCGAUCGAGGAUUCAUUUCGGAUCGGUAAAGGAAUAUAAGCCUUUCACUUAAAAUAGUCUGCUCACAUGCGAUAGGAAUUUUUCGUAAGAAAUAUUAACGAAACGGGAGUGUUCGACGAGGUUAUAUACUGAGAAAAUUGGGACAAUGGUUAUUAGGAUUAAAAUCGUGUUAAUAAAUUUUAUUAAUGUACGAUCGUCAAACAAUUGAAGGAGUUAUAUUUUACAGUUUACAUUCUCCCGAGGAGAAAUUGUCUUGGUGAUUUUAUUGAAUUCAUUGAGCGCGUAUGCGGUGCCCUACCCCGUUGCACUAUUUUUACACCUGCACUUUUUAUUUACGCGUAUUUGUUCUGUUGCAUGUUUUAGCCAAAUAUUUUUGGCUAUCUUUAUAGUGGGUUACGUAAUUUUCGACAUGAGUUACUUCGAUACGAUGGCCGAUGAGGAAUUAAAUAAAACUCUAUUGUUUUGCAAGUAGUAAAGCGUCGAUACGUUAGUACGGAUACGCAUUACGCAUCGUAACGUUCACGGGGAAUUGAUUUCUGACGUCGUAACCAACCAAGAACAAUAUAACGAGAAGUUUUUCAUAUUUGACGUUUACAAAAUAGUUAUACAAAUGUUUGCGGCACGAUAGUGAAAACAAAAUUCAUUUUUAACUAGUGAAAGUGGUCUUAUUUAGACAUGCCUAUGGAAGAUUAUUUACUUCAGCAGUUGCGUCAGUGCGUAAUGUGGCAGUACAAAGGCUUAAUAAGUAAUAAUAACAAUGACAGAAGUACUAUCCAAAGAUUGUGGUGAACGGGGAUUGCAUCAGGAAAGAGACAUGUCAGAAUCUUCGCAACAUCAUUAUAGCCAUCCUCCACCCGAUAUUAUGCCUAAAGGUCUUGCUAUCAAUGGCGUAGGGGGUAGGCUACGUCAACUAGAGGCUCUUUUUAUUAGUGGUCCUGUACAAGGGGGACAAGUGGGACAUACUUUUUCUAUAGAAACACUUAUUGAUAUAUUGCUUGUUCUAUAUGAUGAAUGUUGCAAUUCUUCUUUAAGACGUGAAAAGACUGUCUCAGACUUCAUUGAAUUUGUAAAACCAGUAGCUACUUGUAUAAAGAGUCUGCAGUUGGCACGUGAAGAUUUUGAGAUAGUUAAGGUCAUUGGUAGAGGAGCAUUUGGAGAAGUAUGCGUUGUAAGAAUGCGUGGUUCCGAUAAAGUGUUUGCAAUGAAAAUUUUGAAUAAGUGGGAAAUGUUAAAGCGUGCUGAAACUGCAUGUUUUCGAGAAGAAAGAGAUGUACUAGUUUAUGGUGAUCGCAGAUGGAUCACAAAUCUUCAUUAUGCCUUUCAAGAUGACAAUAAUUUGUAUUUGGUCAUGGAUUAUUAUUGUGGCGGAGACCUCUUAACACUGCUAAGUAAAUUUGAAGACCGUCUUCCCGAAGAUAUGGCUCGUUUUUACAUAGCAGAGAUGGUGCUAGCUAUUGGGUCUAUACAUGACUUACGUUAUGUACACCGUGACAUUAAACCUGAUAACGUUCUAUUGGAUGCAAAUGGCCAUAUCAGAUUAGCUGAUUUUGGUUCCUGUUUGCGUUUAUUUGAGGAUGGCACUGUGCAAAGUAAUGUUGCUGUAGGUACACCAGAUUAUAUUUCACCAGAGAUAUUAAGGGCAAUGGAAGAUGGCCAGGGACAAUAUGGGCCUGAAUGUGAUUGGUGGUCAUUGGGAGUAUGUAUGUACGAAAUGCUUUAUGGAGAAACACCUUUUUAUGCUGAAUCUCUAGUCGAAACCUAUGGAAAGAUAAUGAACCAUAAGAAUUGUUUUGACUUCCCUACAGACGAUAUAUAUGAUGUUUCUGAAGAAGCCAAGGAUCUGAUGCGCAAAUUAAUUUGUAGUUCUGAAUUUAGAUUAGGUCAAAAUGGAAUUGAUGAUUUUAAGAAACAUCCAUGGUUUGAUGGUGUAAAUUGGGACACUCUUAGGGACAGUACUGCACCCUACAUUCCUGAAGUUUCUUCACCAACUGACACAUCGAACUUUGAUGUUGACGAUACGGACGUUCGUAGUUCCGAUGCUGUUCCUCCAGCAGCAAAUUCUGCGCUUUCUGCACUUCACCUCCCAUUUGUAGGAUUCAGUUUUACCCAAGGAAGUUGUAUCUCAGAUUUAGGUUGUCUAUCUGCAUUGAAUCAAAAGGAUAAACACGUUCAGAUGCUUGAGGAAGAAAAUUUACAAUUAACACAAACAAUCGAGGAUCUAAAAAAUCAAAUUGCCGCAAAUCAUUCCUCACCUGGUAUUUCACCUGAUUCUAACAAUGCAACGAGAAAACUUCAAGAUGAAAUAAAUACUCUUACAAAACGGAAUUGUGAAUUAGAGUCACAGUUAAAAUCUAUGGAGAUACCUCGAGAGCUGCGUAAUUUAGAUAAUGGCGAUUUAACUAAACUCCGUGAAUUGGAAAAAUUGGUGCGUUCUCUUCGUUCUGAAAAAGAAGAAGCUAUUAAAGAUAAGUUAGAUGCACAAGAGAAAUUAAAGCUUCAAGAUAAAGAAUUAAAGGAUGCUUUAACGCAACGUAAACUUGCGAUGGCAGAAUAUACGGAAGUAACAGAUAAAUUAUCUGAAUUAAGACAACAUAAACAAAAGUUAUCUAGGCAAGUCAGGGACAAAGAAGAAGAAUUGGAAGUUGUGAUGCAAAAAAUUGACAGUUUAAGACACGACAUCAGGAAAGCUGAAAAAUUACGUAGAGAAUUGGAAAACAGAGUGGAGGAAGCAAUGGCAGAAACUAGGAAAGAAAGAAAACUUCGAGAGCGUAGCGAGGAAUAUUGUAGACAAAUGCAAGAAGAAACAGAAAAGAUCAGACAACGUUCUAUGGGAAAUGAUGCAAGUGCUAAUCAGGCUUUAGCUACUCAAGAAAUUAACAGACUCAAGGCAGAGGUAGAGAAACUUGAAGUUCAAUAUAAUGAAAAUUUGAAUCAGCAACAAAGUAGAUUUAAUCUCGAAAUAAGAAGUCUUCAAGAACAAUUGCACGAAGGAGAGACAAGAAGAGAAUUGUUAGAACGAGAGGUUCAACUUACCAAGGAGAAAUUAGAUGCGGCAAGAUUAGAAAAUAUUACCGAUAGCGAGGAGACGAUAAAUGAAUUGAAUAGAAGACACGAGAGAGAGAAAAUUAUGCUAGUCGAAGAAAAUAAAAAGAUUUUGCUUGAGCUUAGCACUGUUACCGAUAGCGUUAAUAGAAUACAAGGUGAAAGAAGGCAAUUAGAGGAGGAAUAUGAAGAAUUACGAAACAAAAAGGAAGCUAUUGCGCAAUGGGAAGCUCAAAUUACCGAGAUUAUUCAAUGGGUUUCAGAUGAGAAAGAUGCUAGAGGAUAUUUACAGGCUUUGGCGACAAAGAUGACGGAGGAAUUGGAAUUUUUAAAACAUUCUGGUGGUGUAACGGGAGUAGGAGGUGGUUCUACCAUGGCGGAUAAGAAUUGGCGUAAUCGUAGAUCGCAGAAACUCGAUAAAAUGGAACUAUUAAAUUUACAAAGCUCUUUGCAGAGUGAAAUUCAAGCAAAACAAGCGAUUUCUGAAGAAUUAACAAAAACUCGAUCAGAAUUAAUUGCUGUGCAAAAAGAGUUAAAAGACUUUAGACAAAGAUUUGAUUCGAUGUCCCACGAAAUGAAGCGGAAAGAAAUGCAGAUUAAAGAAUUACAAACGCGGCUUGAUACUGGCGAUGGCUCUGUGCUAUCCAGCAAUACGUCAAGCAAAUCGUCAAACAUCGUUAGCACCAAACCCCAACGCAUCAUCGUGCACCAGCCGUCAUCACCCCUACCAGUAAUGCGUGCUCCCCGCAUCACAACAUGUCGCUUAUUAACUAGAUUCGUUCCCGUCAACACGUACAUCAGUCAGAAUGCCGUUACCAUCGUUCCGCCGCCCGUUUUAGAACGUCCUACAUCACAAAUGUCUUACUUGGAACACUUUUUGAAAGAAACAGCAAGUAGUACUCGUCAUGGCAGUGCAGACAGUGUAGAAGGUGACAUAGAAGACAACCGUGCCCCAAGUAUUACUAGUAGUAAAAGUAAUUUAUCUGAAUUUAGCAUUGAUCCUACAUCACCAUUGUCACAUGAACUUUUGAAUAAAUCAUCGACUUCUCAUGGUCAAGUUAAUUUACAACCAAAGCCUAAAUCUCACCAAUUUCUGGUGAGAACAUUCUCAGCUCCCACUAAGUGUAAUCAUUGUACUUCAUUGAUGGUUGGUUUAACGAGACAGGGAGUUGUAUGCGAAGUCUGUGGCUUUGCUUGUCAUAUGCCUUGUUGUGAUAAAGUUCCACCUAUGUGUCCCGUUCCUCAUGAUCAAACAAAGCGUCCACUGGGUAUCGAUCCUACUAGAGGGAUUGGUACUGCAUACGAAGGAUAUGUUAAAGUGCCAAAAAUGGGAGGAGUAAAAAAAGGUUGGGUGAGACAAUUUGUGGUAGUCUGCGAUUUUAAGUUAUUUCUGUAUGAUAUUUCACCCGAUCGCAAUGCUUUGCCGUCUGUAUAUGUAUCGCAAGUUCUGGAUAUGCGAGAUGAAGAAUUUAGCGUUAGUUCUGUUCGUGAUUCAGAUGUUAUACAUGCCACAAAAAAAGAUAUUCCAUGUAUAUUCAGAAUUACAACAUCAUUAUUAGAACCACCUGGAUUAAAAAACCAUACGCUGAUGCUUGCAGAUACUGAAAGUGAAAAAACGAAAUGGGUAGUAGCAUUAAGUGAGCUUCAUAGAAUCUUAAAAAGGAACAAUCUUCCCAAUACGACGAUUUUUAGAGCGAAAGAAUUAUUAGAUAAUACAUUGUCUCUUAUUAAGAAUGUAAUGUCAGGAGCCAUCAUUGAUCCAGAUCGUCUAGUCAUUGGCACAGAGGAAGGCCUCUUCUGUUUAGAUUUAGAUCGUAGUGAAAUAGCAAGGGUUGGUGAGGGUAAAAAAAUAUAUCUCCUUGAAUAUGUAACCGAAGAACAGCUUAUUGUAGUGCUUAGUGGAAAACAACGUCACGUCAGGUUGGUGCCAGUACGUGCAUUAGAUGGAGAUGAGGUUGAAUGGAUUAAAGUAGCUGAAACGAAAGGAUGUAUAACACUAACGACGGGCGUAGUACGUCGUAAUCCACUCACGUACUGUUUGUGUGUUGCUAUGAAAAAGCAGAAUUCUUCUCAAGUUAUCAUUUAUGAGAUAACACGUACAAAAGCAAGACAUAAACGUAUUCGUGAAUUAAUGUUACCAUGUCACGCACAAACUUUACAAGUUCUUUCUGAAGGACGUCUUUGCGUUGGAUAUCCUUCUGGCUUUACUAUCUACAGCAUCUUAGGAGACCAUCACCCUAUAUCAUUGGUCCAUCCGGAGAAUACACUUUUAGGUUUUCUAACAUAUAGUGCUGUAGAUGCAUUACGCUGUAUCGAAUUAACACGUGGAGAAUUUUUGUUGGUCUUCCAUACACUAGCAGUAUAUGUUGACAGUCAGGGUAGAAAAAGUAGAGAUCGAGAAAUAAUGUAUCCAGCUGUUCCUACAGCAGUCAGUUAUUGCGAGGGAUAUUUAUUAGUGUAUAGCGAAACUCACAUUGAUGUAUUUGAUUGUACAACAGGAGAUUGGUUACAAACGCUCAAUGUGAAAAGGGCACAGCCCUUAAAUAUCUCCGGUUCUUUAACAUCUUGCAUUAUCAAUGAUAUGCCACACGUUAUUUAUCUCAGCAAUUUACAUCAACGAGAAUUAUUAAAUUUGACGCCAUUAGAUGCAAAUGGUAGGCAGAUGACAAGACCUAGAAGAAGAUUUUCAUUGAGAGAAGGAAAUAGAGCUGUUCGUCCUACCGAUAGACGUUCGAAGAUGAUAUCUGCUCCUACAAAUUUUAAUCAUAUUAGUCAUAUGGGACCAGGUAAUGGUAUACAGAUUCAGCGUUUAUUAGAUCUACCAACGACACUUGAAACAGCUGAUCAACAACAUUCUGCCCAUCAUAGUAGCGCUCAUAUACAUGGCAGUCAACAACGAUUAUACGGCUCUACUUUACAAACACCAAGUAAACCGGCUCCAUUGCCACCUAGGCAUCCACCUUCUGAUACACGACGAUUAAGUUCUCACAUGACACGAAAUUCUGGUUAUUCACCCCAUAACGGUUCAACAUCAUCGCGUAGAGGUCCCGCUCCACCACGUCCUACUGCUACUCCACCUUCUCUACCACGUACACCGGUCGAUCAAGUUGAUACAGAAUCUAUACAUUUACGUUCGCACACUCCGCUCUCUUUGGGCAGUAUUGCAUCUUUACAUGAUAAAGAUCAUCCGUCUGGUGGAAGUCCUAGACAUUCAAUUGCUUCUAACAAUAGUUCGAAUCCAUCAACACCUCCGAGUCCUGCUCAUGAUCAUGGGUCAUCAUCGUACGAUUCUUAAACAGAUUUAAACAUUGAAAAAAAAAAUUACUUGUUAUAAGAUGAUUCGGGGUGUGUAUAUCCUCAUGUAUACACUACCUAAGAGAUAAGUUAUUGAUAUUCACAAUAUCUUUUUAUAAGAAGCAGUACUCGCAUUUGAUCUUUUCAUUGGAAAGUUAUUGCAGUUUUCUUAAUACACUAGUGCAAUAAAUUUUAUUCAAUUAUUAUAAUAAGAAUAUUAGAACAAGGAAAAAAGCUUUAUAAACUUACUUAUUGAUACAUUCGAUAGAUUUGAGUUCUAACUCAACCAUUAUUCCAGAUCCAAAUAGAAAGAUAAUUAAUAUUCUAAGUGAACUGUAAUAACUUUCUGUUAUUCGAGAAAUUGUGUAAUAAGUUAUACUUAAUGAAAGAAGAAGAAGAAGAAGAAAAAAAAAAGAACACAUUAUUAUUAUAUGACAGUAAAUUAUUGUACAUAAUUUAUGCAUUUGAGAGGAUCGUCAAGUCGACUUUGCGAUGCCAUAAUUUUAUUGGAGUUAGUAGGUAUCGUAAUAUAUAAUCCGAUAUACGAAGUCUUCGUUUAAUUUUAGUUUCAAAUAUUUAGUAUAUAUUAUACUUCGGUUUUUUUUUUUUAUUAUUUUUUUUUUUAAUUUUCUAUUCACUACCGUCAAGCGAGAGUGUGAUUUUUUUACAUUAACGAAAUUCGAAAUCUCAGUCAAAUUAUGUAGCAAUAACGAAAAAAAAAAAAAAAACAAUCUACUUAAUCUAUCAUACCUAAUUCAGAGCCUAGGUAUACAAGUAUAGUUUCAAGUAAAUUGUAUACUUAAUCAUUAUUAGUAACAAAAGAAAUUUGACGGGUAUGAAUCCAUUUUGAUGCCUUAUGACUGAAUACUUUCUAUCUUGUCAUAAAGCAGUAAGGUGCGUCACAUUAUUCAAAUAUGUGAAUAGUAGAAUAUAAUCGUGCAAUUAAUUGGAAAAAAUUACUAAUGGUAAUGACAAUUAUUCAAAAAGAGAACGAUGUUUUGUUUGAGCCACAAAUAGAAGUGUUGUUUAAUUUUUUAUUUUUUAUUUUUUUUUUUUUUUUUUUUUUUUUAAACAAAAACACAUUAAAUAUCAACGAGUCAAUGACUUUUAUUUACAAUUGUCUGAAGUUAUUUUUUUUUUUUUUUUUUUUUUUUUUUUUUUUUAACGUUGCGAUUACUAUUACAAUUUUUUGAAGUCAAGAAUUAUUAUAUAGAAAAAAAAAAGUAAUUGCAGAAUAUAUAUAUAUAUAACGCUAUGUAACAUGAGUUACAUAAUAAAACACAAAGCAUUUUUAUGUAAUGCAUAAUAUUAUUUAUCAUUUGAUCGACGAUUAAGAUCAGAAUACAAAUUUAUUGUAAUAUCGCUAUAUUUUGUUUAUUUGACAGAUAACUUGUAAUUGUCCUAUUAGAAAGUGUUCUUCGAUAACUAUAAUGCCUUAUAUUUAUAUAUUAAUUUUAACAUAUAAAUGAUCUUGCACGAUCAUUAAUUUCCAUAAAUAUCAAUUUUUGACUGUUAUAAGAUCAAACGAAACAUAAUGAAAUUGUGCGAUAGAUGAGGAAUACAGUUGCACUUUUUAAGUGUUUCAAACACACAGAACAUACAUUUUUCGAUGUAUAUACAUUCAUUACACUUUUUAAUCAACAAAAUGCGAGCAUAGUGACAAAAAUGUAUGUCUCAGGAUUUUCGCCAACCGAUCGAAGAACAAAACAAUAUCUCGUAUUCUCUUAGAGAAAAUCGACUGAAAUUGAUAAUUAAACGAACUAUGAAUUUUUUUUUUUUUUUGUGAACACUAAGUUGAAGUUGAAAAAUAUGGUACUUGUGACACGACCAAAGAUCAAGAACCAACAGUGCCAGUUUAGUAAUAUCGCCUAUAGUUUCACAAGUUUUUAAUAUUUGUAUUUUCGGAGUGAUAAGUAUAAUCAUAUUGAAUCGUAAUUUUGAAACUUAACUUUGAUAUUUAUUUCAAAGCUGUAAUUAUCGUUUGAACAUUUGUGAAGUGUUUUAUAGAUUUUCAUAAAAUAUUGAUGAAAUAACAUCUUCGUCGUACAUCAACAUUUGGGAAAUUAAUGUUUGAUCGUUAAUAUUAUUUGCAAAUUUUCAAUUUCAUUAGGAAUAUUUUUUCGAUCAUAUUCAAACUCAUUCUCAACUCAUUCUUAUAAUUGUAGAAAAAGAAAAUAUAUUAUAUACGAAAAAAAAAAAUAUAUAUAUAUAUAUAUAUAAAUAUAUCAAUUAUAAUAUGUUUAAACAUGAUAAUAUUAAAAAGAUAGAACAAAAUGAAAGGAAUGGUAGGAAGUAGUGACAUACGGUUUUUGUCAUCAGAAAUAUAAUAGUGCAAACACUGUCCAUAAUAACAUGAAUUGAAAAUAAGAACAUAUUCUAGAAAUAUUUCAGAAAUAUGAUCAAAGCAUAAUUAAAAAUUAAAAAUCAUGUGUGUAUUAAUGUACUUACCAAUGAAAUUUUAUGAUUUAUUUUAUCUUUUUAUCAAUGUUGCAUAUAAGAUUUCUGAAAUCCAAAAGGUGGCUAAAUAUUAUUUUUCAUUUAUUGAAGUUUUUAUAAUAAUUUCAUAUUAUAGAGACACAUGCACGAAAUAAUUACUUCUGUGUAUAGAAUUAAUUUUAUACGUUUGUAAAUAUUGGAACUUUGUCUCUUCUUAUUGCAUAUUUAUAUAACAAAAAUUACAAAGAACAUUGAUGCUGACGUAAUCAUUUAUAAAAUUUAUUAUUUAAUAUAUUACAACUUUAGACGCAACUUAUAUUUUUCAAAGAAAAAUUUAUUGCGCGCAAAUUUAUUUUCCAUACUAAAAUAAGAUAAUUAAUUACACGUAUAAAGUUCAUCCAGCGAUAUUAUCAACAAAUAAUUUUUCUUUGUUCAGCAAAACAAGUAAUAAGUUUAAUCUUUUUUUUUCUCAAAUUAUAGAGACAAACAACUAUUCUGUUAAUAUUUUGCCAAUGUACUGCAAAUGACCUGAAUUUAUUAUGCAACACUUUUGUGCAUCUAGUUUAGCGCGCCUUUUUAUUACAUAUAUAUAUUAUAUAUUAUAAACUUAUUUAUAUAACGCUUGUGCAUUGUUUAAAAUAUUUAUUAAAAAUAUUACAAUUAAUAAUUAUUUACGUCUUAUAUAACUGAAAAUAUGUAUUUUGUUGUAAAUUAUGAAGAAUAAGCUAUUAUGCUAAAAGAAGAGACCAAACUUUAUACAUUAAGAUUUCGUCAUUAAUGAAGGUCAGUUUGUAGAUUUUGUAGUAUUUAUAUUAUUUACACACCUUACCUUUUUGUCUCAUUCAGAUUUGUCUGUAGACAAAGAGGAAAAAUCUGCUAAUGUUUUUCAUUACAUUUACUGAAAAAGUAAUAUGAUUUUAUCGUGUACAACUGUAUUAAUAAAUUUUAAAGCUUGUAUCAA